CUUGAAUCACAACAAAGCGAAUCGUCAAAGCAAAUAGCAAAGCAAGCCCGAAAAGGGUGUGAAAUAAUUAAUUAAUUAUUAUUUUAAUAAUUAAUUAACAUAAAGUGCACAACAAACAAUACCAAUUUAAAAUAGUAACCACGAAAGUGUCAAAGUGAUAUUCUUUUUUGUGGUGUGAGACAAUAAUCUAAAUUAAGGUGGUGAUUGAGUGAAAAACAAAGUAAACUUUUGGCAAGAAACUGACAAAUUGAACGAGCGAGCUUCACCUAGGCCAUACAACCAAACAACACACACAUAUUAGAAAUACAGCAGGCAAUGUCAUUGGAGGAAUUGAAAGCAACUCUACGCCGUUUUCCAAAGCUUCUGGGUGGUAUUGGCAUAUUGACCACUGCCGGUAUCAUUCUCUACGAGACUCCGCAACUUCGUAAAUACUUUGCUCAAUAUGUCGACAAGAAGCAACAGGAACCCGAUAAAAGGCGCACCGAGUACAUCUACAUCAAAUAUCACAUUUACCGCGAGUCUAUGCGUAAGUUGCAACAGAAGCAGGAGGACGAAAAGAAAUGGAUCAGUGUCAUCAUCAACCCCAUUGGAAAAUGGUGGAAGGCAGCCAAGCAUUCGGUGGCCUGGCGUCUGCUAAAUAUAGCUCAAACUGGCAGCCAAGCGGAGCGCCUUAAAGCCGUCCAACAAUUGGUUUGCAUGGAUCAUUUAAAGGAUUGGGACUUUCGUCAUUUGGCUCAAAUCUGUGAUGCACGCACUUGCGUCUCUUUGGCGCGCAGCGGUGCCGAUACACGUUGGUUUAUGCCGGUGCCCCGACGUCGCUGCAUCAAGAAUCCGAAAAUGUUGCUCUCCGAGCUGCAUGUGAUGCUCGACCGACUACGUCCGUGCUCCUGUGUGGAUCACUUCUUUAGCAAAUACUUCCCAGCACAAAACAAUACAGAGGGCAUCCAUGAAUUUUUGACGGCAGAACAAUCGAUAACUCUGUCUACACAGGACUCAGAUUUACUCAAAGAGAUAAUUUCGUUUUUGCAUCACAUCACAAAGGAUCCCAAGGUAUCGGCCAAGAUAAUGCACGAUGGUGGUUUAAUGCAUUUAAUGGAAUUGCGCAAAAUAUUCAACGAUGACAAUGAGACGCUAUCGACACUCUGCAAAGUGCUGGCCAACAUGUCCAUGGCCCCAGAUGCUGUGGAGCAUUUCUUUGUCUCUGGCUGGGUUGGCACUCUGGCCGAAUGGCAGCAAUGCCCUGAUUUGCGGCUCCAAGUAAUCUCGGCCAAGACGAUGGCAAAUCUGGAUCACGAUGAUCCCAAUCAAUCCACAUACCCGCCCAAUGUAUAUCCGUUGCAUCCACGUGUGCGAACACGCCGCAAGCCCAAGGCUGACAUUGUCUUUGUCCAUGGACUGUUGGGUGGCGUGUUCAUCACCUGGCGGCAACGGGAUCGCAAGCAAACUGAGCUCGGUCUCUAUGGAAAGAAUGCAUUCUACACCAGUGAAACAGAUGAUGUCUUCUUAGUGGGCGAACAGAAGCGCAUCAAUGGCGGCAAUAAGCAGCAACAACAACAACAACAACAACAGCAGCAGCAACAGAAACAGCCCACAAAGCAACAGCUUGUGCCCGCUCAGACACAGUCCACUGCCGACGGUAGCAAGCUGAAUGAAAGGCUGAAAGAUCAGGUGCUGAAGACCAGCAAGAAAGUGGAGGAGAAGCGUUUGAAUAUUAGCGAUGCUGCCACCAAAGAGUUUGUGGAAACACUGCGCAACGAGGCCGAACUCGAUUCAGACUGGGAAGUUGUGCAUCCCGAUAUUCCAGUGGAUGCCAAUGAGAAUUGUCGCGGCAUGUUCAGCGUAGCGGGCAAUGAGUGGACGAAUCAAGAUACCUCCGAAGAGUACACCAACUGUUGGCCCAUGGAAUGGCUGCCCGAUGAUUAUCCAGACGCAAGAAUCAUCGGCAUUGAUUACACCUCGGCGGUUACAGAAUGGUCGGCCAACUUUACCAAGUACUGCCCGUGCGAGAAGGGUCAGGGACACAUCGAUGUACGCGCCGGUUCGCUGCUGGAGCGCAUUGCCACCUCCGAUGUGGGCAAUGAGCGGCCAGUGGUGUGGAUCGGUCAUUCGAUGGGCGGUCUACUCACUAAAAUAAUGCUACUGAAAUCUGUGGAUUCGCUGGAGCCACAAGUGCAGCAGAUUGCCAAGAAUACCAGAGGCAUUGUAUUUUUGGGUACACCACAUCGUGGCUCAUCCAUUGCCAAAUGGAAGCAGCACAUGCAAAUGAUCCUUUCGCCCUCUAUUGAGGUCAAGGAAAUGGAGGAGAAUUCCCCCAAAUUGUUGGAGAUGCAUCGCCGUUUCAUGGGCUGCCUCCGCACACGUCUGCGACAUGUGAAUGUGCUCACAGUGGCCGAAGGAUCGCCCACCAUGCUGACCACAUUCAAGUUUCCGCUGCGCAUUGUCACCGAGGAAUCGUCUCGUAUCGAUUUCGGUGAUUUCUUUCUGCUGAAAGACGAUCAUCUCAGCUUGUCUAAGCCCAUUUAUCGGCAGUCUUUUCUCUACCAGCGACUGCUGCAUGUGAUUAAGGAUGCUAUACAACGCAGCAAUGAGCCCAAAGAGACGAGCGAUGAGCAAGCAAUGCCACAGACUGAUCUUUCAACUCUCAGCAUUGUGAGCAGCAUAUUCAAAGGCACCAAAGGACUGUUCGAAAUGCUGCCACGCGUUGCGCUGCGCUUUAGCACAUAGAAUCAAGUACCUGGGAUGAUACACUCUCCACACAUUUAGUAAUUAGUUGACACACAAAUACCAAGUAUUCUUUCCCGUGUUCAUUUAUAUAUGAUAGAUAUAACGAGUGCAACUCACUUUCUGUACGAAUAUUAAUUUAUUGCUUAAACUACUUAUAUGCCUAAGGAGUGAGACACAAAAUAAUAAAUACCAAUGAUUAUAUUAGAACUA